AUGGUCUCAGAUUACCGCCGAUUUCGCGUGGCGGGGGUGCGGCAGCAGCUUACGGCGAGCGUGAACGCUCCCCACAACCCCCGCGGCGUCAGCGUCGCUGGCAGCGUCGGCGCGACCGUGCGACGAGCGACGGCGCUGCUCGAGGUCGGGCUCAUCGAGCGCGAGUGCGAGGCGAGGCUGCUGCUGCUGGCGCUGGUGGGCGGGGAGCACCUUCUCCUCCUGGGGCCGCCGGGCACGGCAAAGUCGGAGCUGUGCCGGCGUCUGUCGACGAUCGCGCGCCUCGGCUACUUUGAGCGCACGCUCACACGCUUCUCGACGCCCGAGGAGCUCUUCGGGCCGCUCUCGCUCGCCGCCCUCGAGCGCGACGAGUUCAGGCGAGCCACCGCCGGCUACGCGCCCACGGCGGAGCUCCUUUUCCUCGACGAGAUCUUCAAGUCGAACUCGGCCAUCCUCAACACGCUGCUGACCUUACUCAACGAACGCCUCUUCGACGACGGCGCCAAGCGCGAGCGCGUGCCGCUGCUCUCCGCCGUCGCCGCCUCGAACGAGGGCCCGGAGUCGGACGACUUGUCGGCGCUGUACGACCGCUUCCUGCUGCGCCGGCUAGUGGCGCCCGUCUCCGACGACGGCGUGCUCGAGCUGCUGCUUGGCGGCGAGGCUGCCGAGGGCGGGAGCGUGGACGCGGCCCUGCCAGACCUGCGGGAGGCGCUCGAGGAGGUCCGAGCCGCCGCGCCGUCGGUGCGAUUGCCGCGGCACGUGGCGCUGCUGCUGCGCGACGCGCGCGCCUUUGUGCGCGAGACGGGCGCCGACGGCUUGGGAGGCGGCUACGUCUCGGACCGGAGGCUGCGCCGCUCGGCGGAGCUGCUCAAGGCUUGCGCGGCGGCACACGGGCGCGACACGGUCUCUGUUGUCGACGUCGCGGCGGUGCUGCCCCACGUCCUGUGGGAUACGGCCGAGGAGGCGGCCGCGCUGGCCGAGUGGGUCGAGGACAACGCGUUGCCCGACGGCGGCGCCGAGCAGCUUCGUUUCUUGCUCGAGUCGGCGGCGGUCUUGCGGCAGCGGCUGCUGCCCCGCGCGCGGGAGAGUGCGGAGGAGCUCGAGCAGCUCGCGGCCGAGGCGGCCCUCUUCGAGCUGGCUUUGGCCGACGGUCUCGACGAGGAGGGGUGGGCGGCGCUGCAGGCCGAGGACGACCUCGACGGGGGCGGCGGCGGCGAGGCGGGCACAGCGGUGGAGGCGCCAAGCUUCGAUUUUGACGAGGCGGAGCUCAGCUGGGGCCGCAAGGAGGCGAAGGCCAAGCUCGGGCCCGAGGAGUUCAGAGCGUGGCGGAAGGCGGCGAAGGCGGCGGCCAGGAGAGGCGACUGA